CACUCCUCCUCAGACGUGCGCAACUUGUCGCGGUCUGACCACGUCCACGUCCACGUCCGCGUUUCGCUUUGGUCUGGUCUUUGUCGCGGUAUCUUCCACCACUCCAGACACACCACUGCACACUUUCUGUACUACUCCAUAAUCUCCAGCGAGAGUGUGCGUCUCUGUCUCGUCUCUGCUGCUGCCACCGCUCUGCCACUGCGUUCGUGCGUGUUUGUUUGUGCAGUUAAAUAAUUGGCCUGACCCAAGUCCGAGAUGGGUGCACAAUACACGUCCACAGACACAGAUACAGAUACGGACACCUAUGCGUAUAGAACCACAAGGAGCAGCACAGAUCUAGCGCCCAAAAGUAGAACAACAACCAAACACAAGAUGCCACUGCCCAGCCUCGUUCCCAGCCUCCUCCUGCUCCUCACACUGGCCAGCCUCAGUCUGCUGCUGCCAGCGACGCACGCCAGUCCCGUCUUUGUGGAUAAUCCCAGCUUAGCACAGUUCCAAUCGGGCCGCAAUAUUCGACAUCUGCCCUGCAUCGUACGGAAGUCCGGCCGCUCGGGCGUCUGCAUGUUCGCCAUCGACUGCAUCAAGCAGAACGGCACCCACCUGGGCACCUGCAUCGACCGCUUCUACUUUGGCUCGUGCUGUGCGAUGAAGGAGGAGGCUCCGCUGUUUGCGCCGGAGCUCAGUGACAACAGCAUCGAUCAGAAUACCAUCUCGCACUUUGCCCACGAGUCCACCACGCUGCCCACGAGCUCCCUCUUCAAGCUUACCACGGAAAGUGGGUUCUCGAGCAGCAGCAGCAGCGGCGGCACCACCCACAAGUCAUCGCAGCAGCACACGAGCAACGAGCUGCUCAAGAAUGUCACCCAAUCGUAUCUGAGCACCGCCAAGCCAGUGCGCACCACACUCUCCACAACGACGACCACCCGCCGCCCGGCCCUGGACCACACUACCCACAAGAACUCGCACUUUGUGGUGCGGACAACGGCGAAGCCCAGUGGCUUGCCGUCGACAACGGUUCGGCCCCUGCCGCCGCGUCGUCGCACCACCAGCGCCAGGCCAGUGUUGACCACAGCCGCCGUGGUGCUUGAGCAGCGCAUUGAGACCACGACGGUGCCCACCAAGUUUGUGACAUUCCAAAUUGUGGAGACGACGACGCCGCCGGUCACAGAACCCACCCAUCUGGUGGAGACGACUACAACAGCCACCAGGCGGCACACAAGACCGAGCACGAGCAGCAGUGUCAGUGGCAGUAGCUCCACAUCUUUGAAGACAACAACAACCACGACAAAGGCACCAGAGACAACGGCAAAAACCACCACGCAACGUCCGACACCGCCUCUACGCACCACAACAACCACCGCCAGCACCACCAGCAACACCAGCACCACCAGCACCACCAAGCCACACAAAACGCAUUCAAGUAGACGACCAACGCCGCCCAAAAAGCCAACAGGGUCGACAACAACCACCGCUGCCAGUGGCACGCAAUCCACACGGAAGCCAGUGGAUAACCUGAGCAGCAGCAGCAGCACCACCGCAAAUGCAACCACAGCGACAACAUCGCCAGUCCGCAGGCCUGUGAUUCAAACCAGCAGCUCCGUCACAUCAACGACAACAACCACGAGCACAUCUUUCAACAACAACAGCAACCGCACAACGUCAACAAAGCUGCCGGAGCGCACCACGCAGGCGCCCAGGCCAAGGCCGAAGCCCACAGCGGAGUUUGUAAAGGUGCCCGUCAUGCUGGCAGAGGAGCCAGCGAGCCAAACAGCAACAACAACAACCACCACCAGCAGCAGCAGCAGCACCACGGCUUCAAAAUCACCAGCAACAACAAGUACAACCAGCAGCGGUACUACAACAACAACAACAAAAACAACAACAAGAACAACUACGCCAAAGCCAACGCGUCGUCACACAACCAAAGUCCCAACUACAGCACCAAACACCACUAAAGCAACAACAACCACAACAACCACCACCGCCAAGCCAACGACAAGGACAACAGCAACAACAACAACAACAACAACCACUGCCACCAGCACAAGCAGGCCAGCCACGGAGCCUGAGCUGAGCUCGAGCACAACUCCAAAUAGAAUUGAAACGGAAACCCUGUCCACCAAGAAGCCUGGCCUAAUAACCUGGACAGACGUGGAGGCAGAGCCCCAGACCAAUGCGAGCAUUUCCAAUGACUGGCAGCCGGUGCCAGCUGCAUCCGCAUCCACAGAUUUGUUACCCACGGCCACCCCGCAGCCCGAGGCAUCAAACAAAACAGCGACAAGCACAGCACCACCCACGGCCACCGACAAAGUGGUCAUCUCUGUGGCCACUAGUGUUAGUACCAGCGAGUCGAAGCCUGGCUCGGGGGGCAGCCACAUGCCCACAGAAAAGCCGCACAGGACAACGAAACCACCGAAAGCUACAACCACCGCCAGACCAGCGAGCACAACAACUAUCAAAACCACAGAGGCACCAGAGAGCAGCACUGAAAGCAGCAGCAGCAGCAGCGUUGCACUCGCCUCAUCUACAUCAUCUUCCAUUGAGCUCAGCUCGGAGAUGGCAACAAGCAGUGGCAGCAGCAGCACCACCACCACCGCAGAGACAGCAACAACUGAAGGCGCAACAGCGGCGACCACCGAUUACAGCGGCGAGGAAGUGAAUCUGACGACGACCAUCGAGCCGGCAGCUGGGAGCACAAGCUUAGCGCCUGCAAAUGCAUUGGAGGGCGUCGAUUACAAAGAAGUGUGUGGACGUCGCAUGUUCCCCGAGCCGCGCAUUGUCGGUGGAGCAAAUGCCGCCUUCGGACGCUGGCCCUGGCAGAUAUCGCUGCGCCAGUGGCGCACCUCCACCUACCUGCACAAGUGCGGAGCGGCGCUGCUCAACGAGAACUGGGCAAUCACCGCCGCCCAUUGUGUGGACAAUGUGCCGCCCUCCGAUCUGCUGCUGCGCUUGGGCGAGUACGACCUGGCCGAGGAGGAGGAGCCCUACGGCUAUCAGGAGCGACGUGUGCAGAUCGUCGCCUCCCAUCCGCAGUUCGAUCCGCGUACCUUUGAGUACGAUCUGGCCCUGCUCAGGUUCUACGAGCCGGUGGUCUUUCAGCCCAACAUCAUUCCCGUUUGCGUGCCCGAAAACGACGAGAACUUCAUUGGCCAAACGGCCUUUGUCACCGGCUGGGGACGCCUCUACGAGGAUGGGCCACUGCCCAGUGUGCUGCAGGAGGUGGCCGUGCCGGUCAUCAACAACACCAUCUGCGAGUCCAUGUACCGCACCGCGGGCUACAUCGAGCACAUACCGCACAUAUUCAUCUGUGCCGGCUGGAAGAAGGGCGGCUACGACUCCUGUGAAGGCGAUUCCGGGGGCCCCAUGGUGCUGCAGCGGGAGGCGGACAAGCGUUUCCAGCUCGGCGGUGUCAUCUCGUGGGGCAUCGGGUGCGCCGAGGCCAACCAGCCGGGCGUCUACACGCGCAUCUCCGAGUUCCGGGACUGGAUCAACCAGAUUCUGCAGUUCUAGCUCUAACCUCGACCUCGCCAGUGUAUUAAUUAUGCUUAAUACUUAGUGAAUGCCUAGCACGUCUUCCACCCCACCCCACCCCCACUCACGACUCGACUCCGCAGAGAUCGGACUCGGACUCCGCCCUGGAGCACAACUCAAACUCAAACUCGGACUCGGACUCGUGCUCCGGUUAUGGCACUCGGAGAUGGACCCGAGCAUAACCCGAGCAACGAUUUCAGUUGCUACCAUUUACCCCCGCAUACCCCCUCCUCAUUCAGUCUACAACGAUCCCACUCUGCCGAGAGCGACUUCCACUUUCAUUGUCAUAAUCAUAACCUUGGCGUUGCCGCCUAGCCUAACCCUAAACUAGUUAGUGAAUGUGAUUAACAAGAGCGACGACUAAGAAUCACAGUCGCCGAC